AUGCGAGAGGAAAUAGCAGCGGCAGUCGUGUUCGUGACACGACUUAUUCGACAAAAUGGUAGCCUUUCGAAGGGCAAGGUAGACGACUUUUCCAGUUGUUUAUCCGCCAUUUUGGUAGAAAAAUUUAAGAACCACUGGUAUAGAGAUAGGCCAGCUAAGGGACAGGGAUUCCGGUGUAUCCGAAUAAACCCAUCGGAACCUAUUGACCCAGUCCUUGAAAAAGCUGCAAGUGAUGCAGGAUUGGAAUGUGCGGAAUUACUUUUACCAGUAGAAAUGACUCUUUGGGUCGAUCCUGAGGAUGUUUGUUGCAGGUUUGGUGAGAUGCAUGGGAAUUCUGUUUCGAUGUAUACAUUGGCAACCACGAAGGAUGGAAACUUGGAGAAUCGAGCCCAUGUCAUCAACAUCGACGAAAUCAUGGAGAAGGAACGAGAACGACAUAAUCAGAUGGUGAACAUUGUAACUACCCGUAGUACGUCACAGGGUCGUCCUCAGCAGUUCUCCCGUGGGCUUUACUAUGGCAAGUCGGCCAACUUCUACAGCAAGCACCAGCACAAUUUCUACAACAAUCAAUCCUUUAGCUCAAAGUUCCGUCAGCGUCCAGCAUCAGCGGAGGAGCUGCAGGUGAAUGGAAAACGCGUCUCUCCUGAUCAUGUCAACGAAGUGCGACAGCAAUUCAUGGAUCAGGUGAAUAAUGCGGCAGGGAAAUCAACGGUGUCGUCACCAGUGAAACAGUCGCCCACAAAGUCAAAGGAAAACACGAGCAAUGUGAAUAAAGCCAAGGAGAACCAGAAUAGUACUAUAAAAACAGGUGAGAAUUUGAAUAAAACCAAAGCUCCAGGUGGAACCACUGUGACUAAUGAGGACAAGAAAAAAGUCAGUGGUACAUUGGUUACUAAGGCAAAAACAUCAGAUGUUUCAUCAUCUGUCACAGCAACAACCGCAUCAUCGUCAAGCUCAUCAACGUCAUUAUCACCCUCGGUUUCAUCAUCGUCUGCACCAGGGAGCUACAGUCAAGGACAGAAACGACCUGAAAACAAGGCAAGGAGUAAUGGCGCGUAUCCUGGCAACACAGCAUCAUCUAACACCACCCAUAACAAAGGCAGCUACCAUGGCAACGGAAACUACCAAAAAUCUUACCAUAGCAAGGGAGAUAACUACCAUUGGAAUAAAGGCAGCUCAAAUGGAAAUGGUGGAGCAAAGCAUGCUCCGAAGUUCCACUGA